AUGGCAGCCAGUUUACUCCUUGGUAGAAAAUCUAGAAAUAUCAGGAUUAUUGCCUUAUUUUGCUUAAUAUUCCUAAUCUUGUACUUCAUGAUCACUUAUGACAAAGUACCUAAGUAUGACAGCCCGAGAUCUGCUAAGCUCCUGGUAAGCAAAGAGAGACCCAAGCUAGUAAGUGGAUUAGGUAACUUCGAACCAAAAGAAAUAGAGGACAGAGAUGGCCCAGGAGAAAAAGGUGAGCCCUAUCACUUGAAACAAGAGCAGCAAAAUGAUGCUGAUCAGUCUGAAUCAGAGUAUGGCAUGAAUGUGGCUUGUUCAGAUGAAAUAUCCCUGGACAGGACCAUCUUGGACACACGUCUAGAAGAGUGCAAGCACUGGGACUACCCAGUCAACCUACCCACCACUAGUGUCAUCAUAGUUUUUCACAAUGAAGGAUGGUCUGUGCUACUGAGGACAGUACAUUCAGUUCUGAACAGAUCACCUAAGCAUAUGUUGAAGGAAAUUUUGUUGGUUGAUGAUUUCAGUGACAAAGAUAACUUGAAGUCAAAGUUGGAAGAUUACAUUGAGCAGUUCAAUGGAAAAGUGAGACUGAUCAGAAAUCAUCAGAGAGAAGGAUUGAUAAGAACUAGGUCGAGAGGAGCUCAAGAGGCCACUGGGGAUGUUAUUGUUUUCUUAGACGCUCACUGCGAAGUGAACACCAACUGGCUGCCGCCCCUUUUGGCCCCCAUCUACUACGAUCGCACCACUAUGACCGUCCCCGUCAUAGACGGCAUCGACCACAAGACCUUCGAGUAUCGCCCUGUAUACGGCGACGACCGACACUUCCGUGGUAUCUUCGAGUGGGGCAUGUUGUACAAGGAGAACGAGGUGCCCCAACGGGAACUGAGCACCAGGAAGCACCACAGCGAACCCUACAAGAGCCCCACGCAUGCCGGAGGGUUGUUCGCUAUGGAUAGGCGGUAUUUCUUGGAGUUGGGAGCUUAUGAUCCAGGUCUUCUCGUGUGGGGCGGCGAGAACUUCGAGCUGAGCUUCAAGAUCUGGCAGUGCGGCGGCAGCAUCGAGUGGGUGCCGUGCUCGCGAGUCGGUCACGUGUACCGCAGCUUCAUGCCCUACAACUUUGGCAAGCUGGCACAAAAGAAGAAGGGCCCGUUGAUCACCAUCAACUACAAGCGGGUGAUCGAGACGUGGUUCGACGACAAGUACAAGGAGUUCUUCUAUACGAGGGAGCCGAUGGCGAGGUAUUUGGAUAUGGGAGAUAUAAGUGAACAACUUGCUUUGAAAGAAAGACUGAACUGUAAAAGUUUCCAGUGGUUCAUGGAUAACGUGGCCUACGAUGUUCUGGAAAAAUAUCCAGAACUUCCCCCGAAUUUGCAUUUCGGGGAAUUGAGGAACGUGGGCUCCACCAAAUGCCUGGACACGUCGGGGCACGGCCCUCCGGCCCUGAUGGGCGUGCAGCACUGCCACGGCUACGGCAACAACCAGCUGAUGCGGCUCAACGCCAAAGGGCAGCUGGGCGUGGGCGAGCGCUGCGUCGAGGCUGACGGGCAGGGCGUCAAGCUGGCCUUCUGUCGAUUAGGUACGAAUGACGGCCCCUGGCUGUACGACGAGAACACGCACACGAUCCUACACAGGGUGCACGAGAAGUGCAUGGCACUGCAUCCACAGACCGCGCACCUGUCGCUGAUGCUCUGCGACAUCAACAACGCCUACCAGCAGUGGCUGUUCAAGGAGAUUCGGCCGAAAGUUUAG